UGGGCCUGGGGGAUGGGCAGAGACUCGGACUUGCAGUCUAAUGGUUAGAGGCCGAGGGCGAAUCUCCAAGCCUGAGGAGGAGGUCUGGGCAAAGAAUGGGGGAGGUGUGAAAGGUGGGCGCAGGGUCUUUGCCCUGCUGGGUACUUGGCUCUGGGCAGAGACUGAAGGACUGGGUGAAUGGGAGGGGCAGGCCGUGGGGCGUGGGGAGUGGGAACUGGCAGAGGGCGGGAGCAGUGGCCCUUUCCCUGGCCUUUGCGGUGAUUGUGAGAUGGGCACGCCGGGGGACUUCCACGACAGGCAGCUCCUCCCUCGCUUCUAUUCCAAGGACAAUGAAGGCAGCUGGUUCCGGUCCCUCUUCGUACACAAGGUGGACCCCCGGAAGGACGCCCACUCCACGCUGCUGUCCAAGAAGGAGACCAGCAACCUCUAUAAGAUCCAGUUUCACAAUGUGAAGCCCGAGUGUCUGGACGCCUACAACAGCCUGACGGAGGCCGUGCUGCCCAAGCUGCACCUGGAUGAGGACUACCCCUGCUCGCUCGUGGGCAACUGGAACACGUGGUAUGGGGAGCAGGACCAGGCAGUACACCUAUGGCGAUUCUCAGGGGGCUACCCAGCCCUCAUGGACUGCAUGAACAAGCUCAAGAACAACAAGGAGUACCUGGAGUUCCGAAAGGAGCGGAGCCAGAUGCUGCUGUCCAGGAGAAACCAGCUGCUCCUCGAGUUCAGCUUCUGGAACGAGCCACAGCCUAGAGCCGGCCCCAACAUCUACGAGCUGAGGACGUACAAGCUCAAGCCAGGAACCAUGAUCGAGUGGGGGAACAACUGGGCUCGGGCCAUCAAGUACCGGCAGGAGAACCAGGAGGCGGUGGGCGGCUUCUUCUCGCAGAUAGGAGAGCUCUACGUCGUGCACCAUCUCUGGGCCUAUAAAGACCUGCAGUCUCGGGAGGAGACCAGAAAUGCUGCCUGGAGGAAGAGGGGCUGGGACGAAAAUGUCUACUACACAGUCCCCCUGGUGCGACACAUGGAGUCUCGGAUCAUGAUCCCUUUGAAGAUCUCACCUCUCCAGUGAUGCUGCUGCUGCCUCCAUCUCCUCCCCACUCUCCCUCAGGGUAGCCAUGAACAGAGGAGCUCCCAGUUCUGCUGUCUUGGUUUUCUCUCCUACCCUAUGGACUCUAGGGGGUUAGUGCUCAGGUCAGACAAGGGGGAGCUGAAGGAUGAUGGGGUUAUGAAAACUUGCAGCCCUGCCCAGACCCUUCCCGCCUUUCCUGCCCACCCUUUCCCCUGUGCAGGAAGCAGUUUUUAAUUUCUCUGAAUGGAACAGCAACCUUUUAUGUCUUCUCA